CAAAACUCUUUGUUGUGUCACUCAACAUUUCUCCAUUUUCAGUCUUACUUGGCUUCUCUAUCUUUCUCAUAUUGUAUCGCGCGCGACAGCGCUCUGCUUUCUAAUGCACUGAUCGCUCCGUCUAUCGCAUCGGACUCAUGGCCGAGAUCGCCAAGCUUGUCGAUGCUCUCUCCGCCGGAGACGAUCUGUCUCUGAGGAUUCGUGCCGAUUCCUCCCUCAGGACAGGCUUCCAGCAACUCCACGCGAUCCUCAACGACGCCCUCGAGACGAUCGGUGAUGGCGACAGUAAGCUAGGGCUCGAAGCAUGGGACCAGUCUCAGAUUCAAGCCGUCGCUUCUUUUGCUCUCGCCGUCGUUCACUCCACUCGAUCUUCUUCUGCUGAGCAAGUGGAACCUAUAAUUCUGGCCGUUAUUCAAUUAGCGGUUGAGUUUGCACUGUGUUAUCUGGAGAAAUCAAUCCCUUGCAAUGAUGAUAUGCUACUCCAGGGUCACAUGUUGCAACUGCUGGAAGCAGCACUUAUUGACGGGGCAGAGAAAGAGUUGGAUCCUUCACAGCCAUGCUUUCUAAAUAGUCUUGUGGAUCAGUUGCCAUCAGUUGCUAGAACCGAUGAAAGUACUAAGUGGCAGGAGAAACUUAGAUGCUUGCUUCAAGGUGGAAGAUGCUUAAAGGAAGAGAAGGCUGUUGAUCACCUUCUAAUCACAUUAGCCUCUGAUUGGAUGCAACCCGACAAUUUGAAUGCAAGGGUAGCUGGGCAGUCUGUUCGGUAUGAUUUUAACAAGUUGACCACUCUGUCUCAGCACUGGGCUGUUGCUCAUCUGGGAUGUAUUCAGCGUGUUGUUUCCAUCUGCAAAGAGCUUUUAGAAGUUCCAGAUUUGUUUGAUGAUAAAUUGAACUGCACAAUUUUGAGGAAGAAAUUGCCUUUUUGUGUUAAAGCAUUGAAAUUACUGGGAGCUCUCUCAAAAGAUAAUCCAUGCGCUGACUUUGAUGGCAAAUUGUUGAAAUCCUUUGCUUCGUUCACUGAAAUGUUGACAGCCUUGUUCAGGAUAGGUUUUGAAUUUGCAAGCAGCAGCCCUGCUGCUGUUGACGGUAGUUUUGAGAGUCUCGUAAUGCAUUUGUUGGAAGAGUUCAUUCAACUUGCACAGGCAAUUUUUUGUAACACUACUGUGUUUCAGAACAUCCAAGCAUGUAUAGCAGCUUCUAUUUUGGAAAAUUUGGGUCCAGAAAUAUGGAGGUACAACAAUACUGCUGCCAACCCCAAGCCUCCUUUGGCUUACUUCCCUCGAGUUGUUAUUUAUCUUUUGAGACUGAUUUUAGAUGUUAGGGAUCGAACAUAUCAGCUGUUUAAGGGUUUAGACAUGGAAUAUAGAGACUCUCAAAUGGAGUCUCCAUCAUGCAAGGUAAAUUCAGGCAAGGUAUUUCUGCUGAAGAAGUACACACUUGAGGAGCUAUUCAAAAUAAUAUUCCCCCCUCAAGUUCAAUGGGUAGAUAAUCUGAUGCAUCUCGUUUCUUUCCUUCACUCUGAAGGUGUCAAAUUGAGACCAAAACUGGAAAGGUCAUCUUCCACCAUAACAAAAGUGUCUUGUACAUCUGAAUCAGAAAACACUGUUUGCCAUGAAGAAGAAGCCCUCUUUGGUGACCUUUUUUCAGAAGGUGGUCGCUCAGUGGGUUCUGCAGAUGGAUAUGAUCAACCUACUGUUGCAUCUAGUUCUGCUUCCAACUUGAGCAAUAUGCCGGCUCAAGCUGAAAGUGAACUGCUCACUUUCCUUAAGAAUAAUGCCUUUGCUCCUGAAUGGUGUCAUUCUUUGUAUGAAGAUGGGUGCCAAAAAUUCAAUAGCAACCACAUAAGUAUUUUGCUAUCUAUAGUUCAUUGCCAAGCCUGUGAUUCUGAUGAAAAAACUUCUGAUGCCUCUAAACUUGGGCAUGGACAAAUUCAUGAACUGUGCAUUGAGCUGCUGCAUAAUCUCCUCUCCUCUCGUGCUUUGUCUGAUUCACUUGAAGAAUCCCUUGUUGAGAAAAUCCUGAUGGUUCAGAAUGGUGCAUUUAUGUACAACAACCAAACACUGGCCUUACUUGCCCACACAAUUAUACGUCGGGUGGAUUUGGCAGGUAGUCACUUGAGGUUGCAAGUUUAUGAAGGUUUUGUCAAUUAUAUUCGUGACAAGGAAAAAGUGAUCUGGUCAGACCAUCCUAUGCUUAAGGAGCUUUUGGAGAGUCUUCCUUCUUUGUUUCAUGUUGAGAUUCUUCUAAUGGCAUUUCAUUUAUCAUCUGAAGAUGAAAAGUCUGCACAGGCAAAAUUAGUAUUUGAUACCCUUAGAGCUAUUGGUGCUCCUCCUACUUGUAUUGAUAGCACACAGUUGACAUGUUGGGCAUUACUUGUUUCACGUUUGAUCGUGGUCCUCCGUCAUAUGCUAUUUUACCCUCGUGUUUGCCCUUCAUUUUUGAUUUCAGACUUCAGAACCAAGUUGAGGGAAGCCUCUACAGCAGGGUUACAGGCUUGUGGUGGCUCUUCUAAUGUUUCAUCUUGGCCUUUGAUUUUGUUGGAUGGCGUAAUGAGUGCUUCAAUUAAAGAAGCACCUAUCAACAAUGCUUUGCGGAAUCAACUAAUUGAUUUUGCACCUCUUCCUGCUGCUGUAUGUAGAGGUGAUCCAGCAGUUGAAUGCUUUGGUUUGAAUUGGGAUGAAAUAUGUUUCUCUUUCUCCUUGAUACUAACAUUCUGGAAAGGUAGAAAACCAGAAAAGGUGGAGGAUCUAGUUCUUGAAAGAUAUAUAUUUGUGCUUUGUUGGGAUAUCCCAAUCAUGAAAUCUACACAAGAGCAUCUGCUGCUUUUCUUACGUGGCGCAAUGGAUCCUGACAUCUCAAAUACUGAGCAUUUUGUGUAUUUCAGUCAAGCCAUUUUGGGUCAUACUGGUGAAAUCAAUGAUCGUGCUACUUUUUCUAAUAGGUUUUUGUGCUUACUUCAUCAGCUGCAUGAUUCUCUUGUACCAGAGGAAGGUGGGGAACUGGGUUGGGAUUUCUUGAGGUGUGGAUCUUGGUUGUCAUUGUUACUGUCCAUGCUCACCACUGGCAUCUGGGCUUAUUGCAAGAAAAAGUCCAUCACAUUUGUUGUCCCAAUGUGGUCAGAGCAUGCACCUCGAGAUGCAGAAUUUUUGGCUUUAGGUGACAGCCUUAUGUCGAUUUUUUUAAGUCCCAAUCAAGCUGCACAGCUUGUAAAUAUUAUUUCGUCUUUGUUGAAGAGAUACUUGCAAUUUUAUCAGAAGGCUUUCCUUUUGACAUUUGAUAAUGGACAACUUUUCACGGGUGGGCUGUCACCACUCUUGCUUUUCACUCAUACUGGCUUUGAUAAGUGCAUGCAAGAUGAGAUCUUUGAAAAGAUGGGAUUUAAACAAGGCCAAUUGGAGCCUCUUCAUGAACUCUUGGCCAAGUUGGGUGUAAGUGUUGACAAAAUGUCUUUGGGGAUUCGAUAUAAGGUUUUCUGGCAAUCUAUGUUGCAUGGGUUGCCUUGUCAUAUUCAAGCCCCUAGUGGAAUCCUCCUCUCCUCUAUUCUUAGUAUCGUGGGUAUCGUGACUACUCUUGAUGGAUUGCUGAAAAUUGUUGAUGCUGGAGAAAAUAUUUGUUUGGAGACACAGGUUAUCCGUCAGAUAGUUGAAUUGGUACUAAGAAUCAAGUGUGACAGGGUUUUUGAUGGGAUUCAUGGGAAGUGUGAAACUAUUUAUCAAAACCUGACCAAAGACUCUGAGGGAUCUGAUUAUAGCUGUUUAUUUGUGAUAAAAUACAUUGAAGAACUUUUAAGGAAUGUCAACGAGAGAGAAGUUUGUGAUAGUAGUAUCCAUGAAUGCUUGGUUUCCAAGGUUGUAGACAUUGUUAACAACCUGAAGAAAGAUCCUUCAGGAAGUGGGGUUUUCAGGUUUUUCCUAUCUGUGGAGGGUGUCUCUAAGGAUCUCUAUGGCUCACAACGUAGUGAUUUAUUGUUCCUGGUUGAGUCACUGGAGAAUUGCACCUCUGAAGCUGUCAAUAUAAAGGUUUUCAACUUUUUUGUUGAGCUCUUAUCUGGGGACUUGUGUAUGGACAUUAAACACAAAUUACAGAAGAAAUUCCUUGGUAUGAGUUUGCUUCAACUGUCAAAAUGGCUUGAAAAGAGGCUCUUAGGAUCCAUGAUUGAAGGGUCAAGUGGUGUUAUGUGUGCAAAAGGAACUUCAGUCUCUUUAAGGGAGUCAACCAUGAAUUUCAUUACGUGCAUUCUUUCCCCGUCUUCUGAAUUUCAUUCUGAAGAACUACACAGUCACUUAUUUGAAGCUAUGCUAAUUUCACUUGACAGUGCCUUUAUGCUGUUUGAUUCCGCUACUGCAAAAUGUUAUUUCAAUUUGGUAGUUCAGCUUUCCAGAGGGGAGAAUUCAAUCAAGGCACUCCUGCAGCGGAUCAUAAUGCUGAUAGAGAAACUGGCUGGUGAUGACAAUCUGCUUCAGGGGCAGAAAUAUAUUGUUGACUUUCUGGCAACUCUUCUAAGUGACAGCAGCUCUAACAAAGAUGCGGUUGAUAAAUUGUCUGUGAAGUCUGCUCCUGGCCAAAGUUUGGGGGUGGGAUCUUCAGCCUCUAGAAUCCUAGGUUCCAGGAAGAAUGCUGAUGCUAUGGUCCUUUCUGCCAGUCAAGGUGGUUCAGCAUCCCUUGAGUGUGAUGCAACUUCUGUGGAUGAAGAUGAGGAUGAUGGAACAUCUGAUGGGGAAAUGGGUAGCAUUGACAAGGAUGAAGAGGAAGAUAACAACAGUGAGAGAGCUCUUGCCUCAAAAGUUUGCACGUUUACUUCCAGUGGCAGUAAUUUUAUGGAACAACAUUGGUACUUCUGCUACACGUGUGAUCUGACAGUCUCCAAAGGCUGCUGUUCUGUGUGUGCAAAAGUUUGCCAUCGUGGUCAUCGUGUAGUCUACUCUCGCUCUAGUCGCUUUUUCUGUGACUGUGGAGCAGGAGGUGUACGUGGUAGCAGCUGCCAGUGCUUGAAGCCUCGAAAAUUUACUGGCAGUAAUACUGCUCCAAAUCGUGGUUCGGGCAACUUCCAGUCUUUUUUGCCUUUUACAGGAAGCGGCGAUCAAAUGCCUGAUAGUGAUUCAGAUGAUGAGGGUAUUUUUGUGGACUCAGAGAAUUCAGUUAGGAUACACAUUCCAAAAGAGGUCCAAGAGAGGAUGCCAAUCUUAUUGAGUGAACUAGACAUUGAAUCUCAUGUAAUGGGACUCUGCUCUUCAUUGUUGCCUUCUAUUAUAAGUAGAAGAGAUUCCAACCUGUCAAGAGAGAGAAAAAUCAGCUUGGGUGAAGAUAAAGUGCUUUGUUACAGUGGAGAUAUUUUGCAAUUGAAGAAAGCCUACAAAAGUGGAUCUCUAGACUUGAAGAUAAAGACCGAUUAUUCCAAUACCAAGGAGCUGAAAUCCCAUCUAGCUAGUGGUACUCUUGUUAAAUCAUUACUCAGUGUCAGUACCCGAGGCCGACUUGCUGUUGGAGAAGGUGACAAGGUAGCUAUAUUUGAUGUUGGGCAGCUUAUUGGACAACCCACUGUUGCACCUGUGAUGGCUGACAAGGCCAAUGUGAAACCCCUUUCUAAGAAUGUUGUCCGCUUUGAGAUUGUGCAUCUCAUUUUCAAUCCAUUAGCAGAGAGUUACCUUGCUGUCGCUGGCUAUGAGGACUGCCAGGUUCUUACUGUAAAUCAUCGAGGUGAGGUGAAUGAUCGUUUAGCUAUUGAACUUGCUCUGCAAGGUGCAUAUAUUAAACGUGUGGAUUGGGUUCCUGGAUCUCAGGUUCAGCUCAUGGUUGUCACCAACAGAUUUGUUAAAAUAUAUGAUUUAUCCCAGGAUAACAUUAGUCCUAUGCACUACUCAACAUUGCCUGAUGACAUGAUUGUUGAUGCAACCCUUGUCAUGGCUUCCCAAGGUAGGAUGUAUCUUAUUGUCCUGUCAGAGCAUGGUUGCUUAUAUAGGUUAGAAUUGUCAAUGAAAGGAAAUGUUGGGGCCAAACCCUUGAAAGAAGUUAUGCAAAUAGAUGGCAGAGACAUGCAACCAAAAGGCUCUUCAUUAUAUUUUUCAUCAAUUCAUAGGUUACUAUUUCUGUCAUUUCAAGAUGGUACCACUUUGGUUGGCCGAGUAAAUCCGGAUGCAACAUCCUUGACUGAGAUAUCUGCUGUAUUGGAUAAUGAAGCUGACAGCAAACUCCGGCCAGCAGGAUUGCACCGUUGGAAAGAGUUAUUUGGUGAUGGUGCUUUAUUUGUAUGCUUUUCAAGUUUGAAAUCGAAUGCUGUCCUUGCUGUUUCCAUAGGCGAACAUCAAGUCACUGCACAGAACAUGCGACAUUCAGUGGGCUCUACAUCUCCUGUAGUUGGUAUUGCUGCUUACAAGCCUUUAUCAAAAGACAAAAUACAUUGUCUUGUUUUGCAUGAUGAUGGAAGCCUUCAGAUAUACUCACAUGUUCCAGCCGGUACAGACACUGGCAUUAGUGCAAUUACUGAUAAGGUUAAAAAGUUGGGCCCUGGUAUCCUUAACAGUAAAGCAUAUGGUGGUGCGAAACCCGAAUUCCCACUUGAUUUUUUUGAGAAGACCAUAUGCAUUACACAAGAUGUCAAACUAAGCAGUGAGGCAAUCAAGAAUGGUGACUCAGAAGGAGUGAAACAGACACUAGCUUCUGAAGAUGGGUUCUUGGAGAGCCCUAGUCCUGGUGGAUUUAAGAUCACUGUUUCUAAUUCAAAUUCCGACAUUGUGAUGGUUGGUCUACGCUUGCAUGUGGGUAACACAUCAGCAAACCAUAUACCCUCUGAAGUCACAGUUUUCCAGAGAGUAAUAAAAUUAGACGAGGGAAUGAGGUCUUGGUAUGAUAUUCCGUUCACAGUGGCCGAAUCACUGCUUGCUGAUGAGGAGUUCAUAAUUGGUGUUGGACCUACAUUCAGCGGAUCUGCAUUACCACGUAUCGAUUCAUUAGAAGUUUAUGGCCAAGCUAAGGAUGAAUUUGGAUGGAAAGAGAAGAUGAAUGAUGUUCUAGACAUGGAAGCUCGCAUGCUUGGCUCUAGCUCAUGGGCUGCUGGAUCAGGUAGGAAGUCUCGCGCAACACAGUCUGCUCCUCUUCAGGAACAGGUAAUGGCUGAUGGCCUCAAGGUUUUAUCAAGUAUUUAUGCAUUGUGCCAACCACAAGGGUGCUCAAAAGUUGAGGAUGUUAAGCUGGAGCUUGGCAAACUCAAGUGCAAGCAGUUGCUGGAAGCAGUGUUUGAGAGUGACAGAGAACCUUUGUUACAGUCUGCUGCCUGUCGUGUCCUGCGGGCUGUCUUUCCAAAAAGAGAGAUCUAUCACCAAGUUAAGGAUACAAUGCGUCUCACAGGAGUUGUUAAAUCUGCUGCGAUGCUUUCUUCAAAGCUGGGAAUUGGGGGGACUACUGCUGGAUGGAUUAUUGAGGAAUUUACUUCGCAGAUGUGUGCUGUUUCCAAGAUUGCUCUUCGUCGUCGCUCAAACUUGGCCAGCUUCAUUGAGAUGAAUGGUUCGGAAGUGGUUGAUGGGCUUAUGCAAGUUUUGUGGGGAAUUUUGUACAUAGAGCAACCCGACACACAAACUAUGAAUAAUAUAGUUGUAUCUUCCGUAGAACUGAUCUACUGUUAUGCUGAGUGUCUAGCAUUGCAUGGGAAAGAUGGAGGCAGGAGUUCUGUUGCACCUGCAGUUUCAUUAUUUAAGAAGCUCCUGUUUUCAACCAAUGAGGCUGUACAAACAUCCAGCAGUUUGGCUAUAUCUUCGAGAUUGUUACAGGUUCCUUUCCCAAAGCAAACCAUGUUAGGUACAGAUGAUGCUGACAACCCUUCAUCUGUUCCAAGUCGAGCUGAUCCUUCCACUGCAACCAGUGGGAAUACUCAAGUCAUGGUCGAAGAAGAUUCCAUUACUUCAUCAGUCCAAUACUGUUGUGAUGGCUGUUCCACUGUUCCUAUCCUCAGGCGAAGAUGGCACUGUACUGUUUGUCCUGAUUUUGAUUUAUGUGAGACAUGUUAUGAAGUACUUGAUGCAGCCAGACUUCCUCCACCACACUCUAGAGAUCACCCUAUGACAGCAAUUCCAAUUGAAGUGGAAACAUUUGGGGAUGGCAAUGAAAUUCAUUUCACUACUGAUGAUUUAAGUGACUCUGGUCUGUUGCCUGUUGCAUCUGAUGUUUGUGCUCAGAGUUCUGCUCCAUCUAUCCAUGAGUUGGAACCAAAUGAAUCUGGAGAGUUUUCAGCGUCACUACUUGACCCUGUAACAAUUUCUGCAUCUAAAAGGGCUGUUAACUCACUGCUUCUUUCUGAGCUCCUUGAACAACUGAAAGGAUGGAUGGAAACUACCUCUGGAGUUCAGGCUAUUCCUGUUAUGCAGCUUUUCUACAGAUUGGCAUCUGCUGUGGGUGGACCGUUUGCUGACAGUUCAGAGCCUGAAAGUAUAGAUUUGGAGAAAUUAAUAAAAUGGUUUUUGGAGGAGAUAAAUAUUAGCAAACCUCUUGCAGCCAAAAACAGGAUACCUUUUGGGGAAGUUACAAUUCUAGUAUUUAUGUUUUUCACUUUAAUGUUGCGAAACUGGCACCAGCCAGGAAGUGAUGGCUCUGCUACUAAAUCUGGGAGUACAACUGAAUCACAAGACAAAAGUGUGUCACAAGUUUUGGCUUCUACAUCAAUUCCUGCCUCAUCAACAUUGGAUGGGCAAGAGAAAAAUGAUUUCAUUUCUCAUCUCCUUCAAGCUUGUGGAACCCUUAGGCAUCAACCAUUUGUUAAUUAUUUGAUGGAUAUUCUGCAGCAGCUGGUCAGUGUUUUUAAGUCACCAUCUGUUAGCACUGAUGCAUCUUAUGGUCUGAAUGCUGCUUCUGGAUGCGGGGCAUUAUUAAUAAUACGGAGAGAGGUACCAGCGGGUAAUUUCUCACCAUUCUUUUCCGACUCCUAUGCGAAAUCACAUCGUGCAGAUAUAUUUGCAGACUACCAUAGACUCUUGUUGGAAAAUACUUUCCGACUUCUUUACAGUAUGAUACGACCAGAAAAGCAUGAGAAGGGUGGGGAGAAAGAGAAGUUCCACAAAGUGUCUCUGAGCAAGGAUUUGAAGCUAGAUGGAUAUCAGGAUGUCCUCUGCAGCUACAUCAAUAAUCCUCAUACAACUUUUGUUAGAAGGUAUGCAAGGAGGCUUUUCUUGCAUCUAUGUGGUAGUAAGACACACUACUACAGUGUUAGAGACUCUUGGCAGUUCUCGAACGAUUUGAAGAAGCUCUAUAAGCAUGUAAACAAAUCUGGUGGCUUUGAAAGUACUAUCUCAUAUGAGAGGAAUGCCAAGAUAGUUAAGUCCCUAUCCACCAUGGCUGAAGUUGCUUUAUCUCGACCUCGAAACUGGCAGAAGUACUGUUUAAGGCAUGCUGAUGUUCUACCUUUCCUUGUGAAUGUGGUUUUCUAUUUUGGGGAGGAAUGCGUAAUUCAGACAUUAAAACUUCUGAAUUUGGCCUUCUAUACUGGAAAGGAUAAUAAUCACACUUCACAAAAAACUGAAGGAGGGGAUAUAGGUGCAGCUGCAAGCAAGACAGGUGUACAACCACUUGAAUCUAAGAAGAAGAAGAAGGGAGAAGAGAGUGAGUCCAGUUCUGAAAAAACUCACUUUGAUAUGGAAGCAGUGGUGGAUGUCCUUGUUGGCAAGGGUGGUGAUGUAUUGAGGCAGUUUAUUGACUGUUUUUUAUUGGAAUGGAAUUCAAGCUCUGUGCGUAUGGAAGCCAAAUGCGUCUUGUUUGGUAUCUGGCAUCAUGGAGAUCAGUCUUUCAAAGAGGCAUUGUUAACAGCACUUCUGCAGAAAAUAAAAUUUUUGCCCAUGUAUGGACAGAACAUCACUGAAUAUACUGAACUUCUCACAUUCUUGUUGGGGAAGGUACCGGAGAACAGUUCAAAGCAACAAUGUGCUGAAAUUGUUGACAAAUGCUUGACCAAUGAUGUAAUUAAGUGUAUAUUUGACACACUUCACUCCCAAAAUGAGCUGUUGGCUAAUCAUCCUAAUUCGCGAAUAUACAACACUUUAAGCGGUCUGGUGGAAUUUGAUGGUUACUAUCUUGAGAGUGAGCCUUGUGUUGCCUGCAGCUCCCCUGAGGUGCCGUAUAGCAGGAUGAAACUAGAAAGCUUGAAAUCUGAAACGAAGUUCACUGACAACCGGAUCAUAGUGAAAUGUACUGGUAGCUAUACAAUUCAGAGUGUGAUCAUGAAUGUCCAUGAUGCUCGCAAGUCCAAGUCAGUGAAAGUCCUGAACCUUUAUUACAACAACAGGCCUGUGGCUGACCUUUCAGAGUUGAAAAAUAAUUGGUCAUUGUGGAAGCGUGCAAAGAGCUGUCAUCUUGCCUUUAAUCAGACAGAGCUAAAAGUGGAUUUUCCAAUACCAAUCACUGCAUGUAAUUUCAUGAUUGAGCUGGACUCUUUCUAUGAAAAUCUCCAAGCUUUAUCCCUUGAGCCUCUGCAGUGUCCUCGUUGCAGUCGACCUGUUACUGAUAAGCAUGGUAUUUGCGGUAAUUGUCAUGAGAAUGCAUAUCAGUGCAGACAGUGCCGUAAUAUCAAUUAUGAAAAUCUUGAUUCAUUUUUAUGCAAUGAAUGUGGAUACAGCAAAUAUGGUAGAUUUGAAUUCAAUUUUAUGGCAAAGCCAAGUUUCACUUUUGAUAGCAUGGAAAAUGAUGAAGAUAUGAAGAGGGGCUUGGCAGCAAUAGAGGCGGAAUCUGAAAAUGCUCAUAGGAGGUAUCAGCAGCUCUUAGGUUUCAAGAAACCUUUGCACAAGAUAGUAUCAAGUAUUGGUGAGAAUGAGAUGGACUCGCAACAGAAGGAUUCUGUUCAGCAAAUGAUGGUCUCUUUACCCGGACCUUCCUGUAAGAUAAACCGUAAAAUUGCUCUUCUUGGUGUCUUGUAUGGUGAGAAAUGCAAAGCAGCUUUUGAUUCUGUGAGCAAAAGUGUUCAGACUUUACAAGGUUUGCGGCGGGUUUUAAUGAACUACUUGCAUCAAAAACAAUCUGGGAAUGCUACUGCAACCUCCAGAUUUGUUGUUUCAAGGUCACCAAACAGUUGCUAUGGAUGUGCUUCUACUUUUGUCACUCAAUGUGUGGAAAUACUACAGGUACUAUCAAAGCAUCCAACAUCCAAGAAGCAACUUGUUGCAGCUGGUAUUUUGUCAGAGCUCUUUGAAAAUAACAUUCAUCAGGGCCCUAAAACAGCUCGUGUCCAAGCAAGGGCUGCCCUUUGUGCCUUCUCAGAAGGUGAUGUGAAUGCAGUAGCUGAGUUGAACACACUAAUGCAGAAAAAGGUCAUGUACUGUCUUGAGCAUCAUCGUUCCAUUGACAUUGCUUUGGCCACAAGAGAAGAGUUGUCACUAUUAUCUGAUGUGUGUUCUUUGGCUGAUGAAUUUUGGGAAUCAAGACUGAGAGUUGUCUUCCAGUUAUUAUUUUCUUCUAUAAAAUUAGGGGCUAAACAUCCUGCUAUAUCUGAGCAUGUUAUUCUUCCAUGCCUACGGAUUAUAUCCCAGGCAUGCACUCCUCCAAAGCCUGAUGCAGCUGAGAAAGAGCAUGGGAUAGGAAAGCCUGCGCAGGGUACACAAGUGAAAGAAGAAAACAGUGGAAAUGUUUCUGGAUCUAGUAGCCUUGUCAAUGGAAGCAAACUUGUAACAGAAUCAUCUGAGAAGAGUUGGAGUGAUUCUCAAAAAAUGCAAGAUAUACAGUUACUAAGUUAUUCGGAAUGGGAAAAAGGUGCUUCGUAUCUUGAUUUUGUAAGGCGGCAAUAUAAGGUGUCUCAGGCAGCAAAAUGCAGUCUAAGAUCUCGAUCUCAAUCUCAAAGGCAGGAUUACUUGGCCUUGAAGUAUGCUCUAAGAUGGAAACGAUGUGCUUGUAAAUCAGCUCGGAGUGAUAUGUCAUCUUUUGAGCUUGGUUCCUGGGUUUCAGAACUUAUAUUGAGUGCAUGUUCACAGUCUAUAAGGUCUGAAAUGUGCAUGCUGAUUAGUUUGCUGUGUGGCCAAAGUUCAAUGAGACGGUAUCGCUUGCUGAACCUGCUUAUGUCUCUACUCCCAGCAACUCUUUCUGCUGGUGAAAAUGCUGCUGAAUAUUUUGAAUUACUUUUUAAGAUGAUAGACUCAGAAGAUGCUUGCCUUUUCUUGACUGUUCGUGGAUGUUUGAAAACAAUAUGCAAGUUGAUAACCCAAGAACUAAGUAAUGUUGAAUCCUUAGAGAGGAGUUUGCAUGUUGACAUAUCACAGGGCUUCAUUCUUCACAAGCUUAUAGAGCUCCUUGGCAAAUUUUUGGAGGUUCCUAAUAUCAGAUCCAGAUUUAUGAGAGAUCAUUUACUGUCUGAGGUCCUUGAAGCUUUAAUUGUCAUUAGAGGGUUGGUUGUGCAGAAGACAAAGCUGAUUAAUGACUGUAAUAAACUUCUGAAAGAUCUUUUAGAUAGUCUUCUGCUCGAGAGUAACGAAAAUAAACGUCAGUUCAUUCAAGCAUGCAUCUCUGGUCUUCAAAUUCAUGGAGAUGAGAGUAAAGGAAGAACUUCUAUGUUUAUAUUGGAGCAGCUCUGCAACUUGAUCAGUCCAUCAAAACCGGAACCUACUUAUCACUUGAUCUUGAACAAGGCACAUACACAAGAAGAAUUUAUCAGGGGAUCGAUGACCAAAAAUCCUUAUUCGAGUACUGAGAUUGGCCCCCUGAUGCGUGAUGUUAAAAACAAGAUUUGCCAACAGUUGGAUCUCUUGGGUCUUAUUGAAGAUGACUAUGGCAUGGAGCUGCUAGUAGCUGGAAAUAUAAUAUCUCUUGAUUUGAGCAUUGCCCAAGUUUAUGAGCAAGUUUGGAAGAAGUCCAGCAGUCAGUCUUCAAACACAGUAGCUGGGACAACAUUGAUUUCUUCUACUGCUGCUGCAUCUGCCAGAGAUUGCCCUCCAAUGACAGUGACUUACCGAUUACAGGGUCUAGAUGGUGAAGCCACUGAACCCAUGAUUAAAGAACUGGAUGAAGACAGAGAGGAAACCCAGGAUCCAGAGGUAGAGUUUGCCAUAGCUGGUGCAGUCCGGGAAUGUGGUGGACUUGAAAUCCUUUUGGGGAUGGUCCAGCGUUUGCAAGAUGAUUUCAAGUCUAACCAAGAGCAGCUAGUUGCAGUUCUUAAUCUACUCAUGCUAUGCUGCAAGAUAAGAGAAAACAGAAAAGCACUGCUAAGGCUGGGAGCUUUGGGAUUACUACUUGAAACAGCACGGCGUGCUUUCCUUGUGGAUGCCAUGGAGUCAGCUGAGGGCAUCCUAUUGAUUGUGGAGAGUUUAACAUUAGAAGCAAAUGAAAGUGAUGGCAUUAGCAUUACUCCAGGCGUCUUUACAGUUUCAAGUGAAGAAAGAGGUGCCGGUGAACAGGCCAAAAAAAUAGUUCUCCUAUUCCUGGAGAGAUUAUCUCAUCCAUCUGGACUUAAAAAAUCAAACAAACAGCAGAGGAACACAGAGAUGGUUGCAAGAAUUUUGCCUUAUUUGACCUAUGGAGAACCUGCAGCAAUGGAAGUGCUUAUCCAGCAUUUUGAACCAUUUUUACAGAAUUGGGUUGAAUUUGAUAGGCUGCAAAGGCUUUAUGAAGACAAUCAAAAGGAUGAUAGUAUUGCUCAGCAAGCUUCCAAACAGAAAUUUACCCUGGAAAAUUUUGUAAGAGUUUCAGAAUCACUCAAAACAAGUUCCUGCGGGGAAAGGCUGAAAGAUAUCAUAUUGGAGAAGGGUAUUACUGGAGCUGCUGUUAGACAUCUAAAAGAGAGCUUUCCAUUUACUGGACAGGCGGGCUUUAAAUCUACUGCAGAAUGGGUUGUUGGCUUAAAACUGCCAUCUGUUCCACUUAUAUUGUCCAUGCUAAGGGGUUUGUCAAUGGGACAUUUGGCAACUCAGAGAUGUAUUGAUGAAGGGGGAAUUUUACAUUUGCUCCAUGCUUUGGAGGGUGUGGCUGGUGAAAAUGAGAUUGGUGCAAGGGCUGAAAACUUGUUGGACACGCUUUCUGAUAAAGUGGGAAAAGGGGAUGGCUUCUUGGCUGAGAAGGUUUGUCAGCUAAGACAUGCAACACGAGAUGAGAUGAGGCGUCGUGCUCUAAAGAAGAGGGAACAAUUACUUAAGGGACUUGGGAUGCGACAAGAACUGGCUUCAGAUGGUGGUGAGCGGAUUGUGGUUUCUCAACCAGUUUUGGAAGGCUUAGAAGAUGUGGAGGAAGAGGAGGAUGGGUUAGCUUGCAUGGUGUGCCGUGAAGGGUUCCGCUUGCGUCCUACAGACCUACUGGGUGUUUACACAUAUAGUAAAAGGGUGAACCUUGGUGUUGGAACUUCAUCAAAUGCUCGUGGAGACUGUGUUUACACAACGGUUAGCCAUUUUAACAUUAUACACUUCCAAUGCCAUCAGGAAGCUAAAAGAGCAGAUGCUGCACUAAAGAAUCCCAAAAAGGAGUGGGACGGUGCAGCACUUAGAAACAAUGAGACCCUUUGCAACAAUCUUUUCCCAUUAAGGGGUGCAUCAGUCCCAAUUGGGCAGUAUAUACGUUAUGUGGACCAGUACUGGGAAUACCUCAAUAUUCUGGGGCGUGCUGAUGGAAGUCGGCUCCGACUCUUAACCUAUGACAUUGUUCUGAUGCUUGCUCGAUUUGCAACGGGUGCUUCAUUUAGUACAGAUUGCAGAGGUGGGGGAAAGGAAAGUAAUGCUCGGUUUUUGCCUUUCAUGAUACAAAUGGCUCGUCACCUUUUGGACCACGAUUCUUCUCAGCGGCAUACCAUGGCCAAGUCUAUCUCAACUUAUUUGGCUUCUCCAACUUCAGAAUCCAAAAACCCUACAACAUCUGGAACUCCACCUUCUGCUGCUGGAACAGAAGAAACUGUCCAGUUCAUGAUGGUUAGCUCACUUCUUUCAGAAUCGUAUGAAUCAUGGUUGCAGCAUCGUUUUGCCUUCUUGCAGCGUGGAAUAUACCAUGCAUAUAUGCAGCGCACUCAUGGUCGCUCCAUGCAGCGUUUCUCACCGAAUCUCUCUGGUAGUACAAGUGGAAGUUCUAGUGAAACUAGUGGAUCAAACGACUUACUGUCAAUCAUCCAACCAAUGCUUGUAUAUACCGGUUUGAUUGAACAACUACAGCGUUUCUUCAAGGUAAAGAAAUCAUCCAGUACUGCCACAACCCAAACCCAGGGAACCUCCAAAGACAUGGAGGGGGAAGAUGAGAGCAAAAAGUUGGAAGCUUGGGAGAUGAUGAUGAAAGAGAGACUCGUAAAUGUAAAGGAGAUGGUGGGCUUCUCCAAGGAAUUGUUGUCAUGGCUUGACGACAUGAUUUCUGCUGCAGAUUUACAGGAAGCAUUCGACAUCCUCGGUGUUCUGAGUGACGUGCUUUCUGGUGGUGUCACAAGCUGUGAAGAUUUUGUGCGUGCUGCAAUUGAUUCUGGUAAAAACUGAGUACACCUUUCUGUUGAUUUUUCCCUUAACUUUUCUUGGCUUUCUGUUAGUACAUUCACAUUCACUAUAAGAGCCAACUGUAACCAUAAUUGCAUAAUGGUAUAUACUUUUUUGAAAUGCCUAUAAAUGUUCGAGUUUUCAGAACCUC